ACGCGGGGCCGGGCGGAGCGGGGCCGCAGUGCCGAGUCACGGCCGGGCCGGUUCUCUUGAGCGUGGAGGAGAGCCGGGUGGGAAGCGGGGAACGAUCCCCGGGGAAUGUCCCCUGUGAGAAGGACGCGGAGGGGAAGAUGGUCGCGGGGCAGCGCUGGUUCUGAUCUGCUUUCCCGUGCGAGUGUAGUGUGGCUGGAGCCAACAUUUAACAAUGAGUGGUGCAGCACUGGGCCUCGAGAUAGUGUUUGUCUUUUUCCUGGCCUUAUUCCUACUUCACCGGUAUGGAGACUUCAAGAAACAGCAUAGGCUGGUGAUUGUGGCGACAUUAUUGGCAUGGUAUCUCUGCUUCCUGAUUGUAUUCAUACUGCCUCUGGAUGUCAGUACGACUAUUUAUAAUCGAUGCAAACUUGCGGUUAACUCCAGUCCUGCAGAAGGUAAUGGCUCUUACGUUACUCUUGCUCCAAGCAAGCAAAAAUGUUUCAAACCCUGGAGUUAUAUUCCUGAUGGAAUUAUGCCAAUUUUCUGGCGUGUUGUAUAUUGGACAUCUCAGUUUUUAACAUGGAUUCUGCUACCUUUCAUGCAGUCAUAUGCUAGAUCAGGAGGGUUCUCUAUCACUGGAAAGAUUAAAACUGCUUUGAUUGAAAAUGCCAUCUAUUAUGGCACUUACUUGCUGAUUUUUGGAGCAUUUCUGAUAUAUGUGGCUGUAAACCCAAACUUCAAUUUACAAUGGAACCAGCUUCAAACUAUUGGAAUAGCUGCUGCAAACACAUGGGGUCUGUUCCUUCUUGUGUUGCUUUUGGGUUACGGUUUGGUGGAAAUCCCUCGUUCUCACUGGAAUGGGGCCAAGAGGGGUUAUCUGCUCAUGAAGACUUAUUUCAAAGCUGCCAAACUGAUGACUGAAAAAGCAGAUGCAGAGGAGAAUUUAGAGGAUAUUAUGGAGGAAGUCCGUAAAGUAAGUGAGAGUAUCAAAUAUAACCACCCCUUGAGGAAAUGUGUUGAUACAAUACUGAAAAAGUGCCCUACUGAGUACCAGGAAAGAAUGGGUAGGAACAUGGAUGAUUAUGAAGAUUUUGAUGAAAGACAGAACAGUUAUCCCAGUGAAAAAAGUUUGGCCAAACUUCACAAGCAGGUCAUCUAUUCAGUGCAGAGACAUCGUCGUACGCAGGUCCAGUGGCAAAUCCUUUUAGAGCAAGCAUUUUACCUGGAAGAUGUGGCAAAAAAUGAAAGCAGUGCUACUCGACAGUUUGUUCAUACCUUUCAUUCCCAGGAACCAGAAAAUAAAAUUAUUCAGUAUUUCUACACACCAACGGUUGAGUGGUACUGGGAAUGCCUUCUUCGACCAUGGUUUUACAGAGUGCUUGCAGUUGUGCUGGCCACGUUCUCUGUAAUUGUUGUGUGGUCAGAGUGCACAUUUUUCAGCACAAAACCAGUUCUGUCGCUAUUUGCGGUUUUCAUACAGCUGGCAGAAAAGACAUACAAUUAUAUAUACAUAGAGAUGGCCUGUUUUCUUACCAUCUUUUUCCUAAGUAUCUGUGUUUACUCUACUGUCUUCAGGAUCCGUGUAUUUAACUAUUAUUACUUAGCUUCACAUCAUCAGACAGAUGCAUACAGUCUCCUUUUCAGUGGCAUGUUAUUUUGCCGUCUUACUCCACCGUUGUGCUUGAACUUUCUGGGCUUGACCCAUAUGGAUGCAACAAUCUCUCACAAAAACACUCAACCAACUGCUUACACAUCUAUAAUGGGAUCCAUGAGGGUGCUGUCCUUCAUUGCAGAUGGAUUCUAUAUAUAUUACCCAAUGCUUGUUGUCAUUCUCUGUAUUGCUACAUACUUCAGUUUAGGAACUCGUUGUUUGAAUCUUUUGGGAUUCCAGCAGUUCAUGGGUGAUAGUGAAAUGACCUCUGAUUUGAUUGAUGAAGGAAAAGAGCUAAUCAGAAGAGAGAAAAGAAAACGGCAGCGGCAGGAAGAAGGUGAAAACAGAAGAAGGGAAUGGAAGGAGAGGUAUGGAAAUAGAGAUGAUUCCACCAGAAGCAGAGCUGUCCACACAGACCAGAAAGAAUCCAGCUUUUCAGAGACUAAUGCCAACAGACCACUAUCAAAGUAUACCCGUUCAAAUGGUAGGACUGAAAGAGAUAGAAUAGAACUCCUCCAGGACGCAGAACCUUUGGAUUUUAAUGCAGAUUCUGUUAAUGAUGACCCCCUUGAAUCGGACUCUGGAAGGUACCAGCCUGGUGGAAGAUACCUGUCAAUGUCUCGAAGCAAAAUAUUUGACGAUGUCUAAGCUCCUCAAAGCUAAAGAAAAUUCAGUGGAAAUCUAGCUCCUACUCAUUGCUUGGAAAAUACUGUAUUUGUGAUAUAUCACUGAAGCAUCAAAGACUCUUUUAAAAAAACAUGAAGGAACAACUCAUUUGGAAAUGCACGUGUAUGACAACUUCAUCACCUGUGAUAGGAAUAUGCUUCUGCUACUGUAGAUACUGUUGUGCAUCAGUGUGGGCUUUUGUGUCAUGACCAAAAGGAGAAAACUAUUUGAAGUUAAUAGAUGGUAAACUCGUAAAUAUAUCUAGGACUCAACUUGAACAGUAACACUCUAGGUUUGGGGAAGAGAUUUUUUUUGAAUUUUUUAUUUUUUAUUUUAACCAAUGCUGUGAGAGCAUAUUGAUGCAUCCAAAGUACAGAUUUAUCAAUUACUAUAAUAAAAACUUGCUAUAAUUUUUCUGUUUGGGCUUUAUGCCUAGUCCAAACUCUGCUGAAGAAAAAUAAAGCUUCUUUUGCCUUCGGUGGUAUUUGAAUCUGACCCUGUAUAAGGAGAAAGCCUGAAUGGCAGGCUUUCUUCAUAAAAUCAGAAAAUACAAGUUCCAGUAUUUAGAGGGCUUCAAAGGAGAUGGUGACUCCUUUUUUACAAGGAAUCACAUGAAAAAUACAGGAUUUCAUGGGCACAAAUUACCCCUGGUGAGAUUCCAGUUGGACACAAUUGGAAAUUUUUGUACCAUUAAAACAAUCAACCAUUGAAAUAAUGUCUCCAGAGAAGUGGUAGAUUCCCCCAACACUGAACACUUAAAGUUUGGCUGGGCAAGGUGCUAGGUUACUUGUCUACACUAUGCUUUUGCUAAGAAAGGGUGGACCAUAAAAUCAUAGUCACAGAAUGGCUUGGGUUGGAAAGAACCUUAAAGAUCAACUAAUCUCAAUCCCUCUGCUGUGGGCAGGGACACCUUCUAGACCAGGUUGCUCUGCCCUCCAUCCAGUCUGGCCUUGAACACUCCCACAGAUGGGGCAUCCACAAGUUCUGUGUGGCAACCUGCGCCCGUGCCUCACCAUCCAUAGAGUAAUGAAUCUUUUAAAGUACUUAAUCUAAAUCUGUCCUCUUCCAAUUUUCACUCAUUUCCCUUUGUCCUAUCACUACACCUCCUGAUGAAGAGUCCCUCUCCAGCUUCCCUGUAGGCACCUUCAAGCACUGGAAGGUUCCUGUAAUGUCUCCAUACAGCCUUCUCUUCACCAGGCUGAACAACCCCAACUUUGUCAGCCUGUCUUAAUCAAGGGAGGUGCUCCAGUUCUCUCACCAACCUGGUGGCCUCCUCUGUGCUGGCUCCAGCAGGUCCCUGUCCCUCCUGUGCAGGGACCCCAGCUCUGGAUGCUCCAGCUGGGUCUCAGCAGAGCAGAGCAGAGGGGCAGAAUCCCCUCCCUCUCCUGCUGCCCACGGGGCUCUGGAUGCAGCCCAGGACACGUUUGGCUCUCUGGGCAGUGAGUGCAUGUCCAACCUCUCACCCCAAGCCCUUCUGGGUAGGGCUGCUCUCCAUUUGUUCUCUGUCCAGCUUGUAAGUUGUGCUGGGAUUGCAGUGAUGCAGGUAUAAGACCUUGCCCUUGCUUUGCACAGACCCACCUCUUAAGCCUGUCCAGAUCCUUCUGCAUGGCUUCCCUUCCCUCCAGUGUCAACUGCACCACACAGCUUGGUGUCAACUGAUACUCCUUGAGGUUACUUUCAUCCUUUCAUUCUAUGAUUCCAUGAAACUUUUGGCAUACAUUUUGGAGUGAUGUGUAUUGGUCAAGAAAGGCUGUAUUUUUUCUUUUCUAACAUUAUAUUCAGAUACAGGAUUUUAGCAUGUGUAAAUAAUUGAAAAUCAAUAUGGACCUGAGUGUCACUGUUAUAUGAGCCUAUGUGCAAUAGCAAGAAUACAUUAUUGAAGUUAUGAUGUCUGCUUAAGGUCUUUACAGAUGUAAUGAUUCAAAAUCUUGGCACACUAGUGUUUUUGUAACUGUAAAAGAAAUAUACUAUGGAGUUAAAUGCUGAAAUAUGAUAAUUUGCACGCACCUCAGGCACGGCUUCAAACUGUAGAGUAUUUCUUUAAAAGAAGGGAAAUACAUAGCAUGACUAUGUAAUGGUAAACACUUUUAAUAUCCCAAAUACCCUGGUUGCAUUAUGUAUCAGUUUUUAAGGUGCCUGUAUUUUGCAAUAAGUUGUUGCAAAAUGAAUAAUACCUUGCCAUUCAAAAAUGCCAAUUAUUAACAGUGUAAAAAAGCUUCACAUUAAAACUGUAGUUAGUUGAAUGAAUUUUCAAAUGUAAUCAUAAUGUAAAAGAUGUGGUCAAAUUCAUGAUAACUGGUAAUUUGAAUAAUUUAAAAUGUUGCUUUUUUCCAGUUUGCUUGAAUUCUUCACCACUUGGGAGCUUUCUUAUGUGCUUAUUGCAAAGUUAUGUUGAAAACUGAAAGAGAAUGUUUAUAUCAUAAAUUCUUUAUCAUGCUUAGAAAACACAUCCCUCAAAGCAGCUAGGAAUGAGUUAUUCUGAAAAGUAAGUUUUCAUGAAUGACAUAUUUUAUUAAUUUUUAAAAAUAGUCUGUGUUUUCUCAAGUAAUUGUUAAUGGGGAUCUAACUCUACCUCCUGUGAUUUUAGUAUAUGUGUUCUAACAGUAGUGGUAUUUGUAAUACAUUGAUCUGCCUGUUUUGAAACACUGAAUUGUUACUAUGAAGGAGAAAAAAAAUCUUUAUUUGUAUAGAAAUAAUUAUAUUAAUAAAUUGGCAGACAUACAA